AUGGCUACCUAUGCCCUGCAAAUCGCUGGACUGGUGCUUGGUGGUGUUGGAAUGGUGGGGACAGUGGCUGUCACCAUCAUGCCUCAGUGGAGAGUGUCUGCCUUCAUUGGAAGCAACAUUGUGGUUUUUGAAAACCUCUGGGAAGGACUGUGGAUGAAUUGCAUGAGGCACGCUAAUAUCAGAAUGCAGUGCAAAAUCUACGAUUCCCUGCUGGCUCUCUCUCCGGACCUACAGGCAUCCAGAGGACUGAUGUGUGCUGCCUCUGUGCUGUCCUUCCUGGCUUUCAUGACGGCAGUCCUUGGCAUGAAGUGCACCAGAUGCACCGGGGACGAUGAGAAGGUGAAGGGUUACAUCCUGCUAACGGCUGGAGUAGUCUUCAUCGUCACUGGCCUUGUGGUGCUCAUCCCUGUGAGCUGGGUUGCCAAUUCCAUCAUCAGAGACUUCUACAACCCAAUAGUGGAUAUUGCCCAAAAACGUGAGCUGGGGGAAGCCCUCUACAUAGGCUGGACCACGGCACUGGUGCUGAUCGCUGGAGGGACACUGUUCUGUUGUGUUUCUUGUUGCAAUGAGAAAAGCAGUAGCUACAGAUAUUCCAUACCUUCCCACCGAACGAUCCAGAAAAGCUAUCACAUGGAAAAGAAGUCACCGAGUGUGUACUCCAAAAGUCAGUAUGUGUAGUUGUGUAUAUUUUUAAACUAGCUAUAAAGCCAUGCAGAUG